AUGGAAAAGGUAAUUAAGACUUGUGUGAAAGCAGAAGAAAAUUUCACAUCUGACAGGACUUUGAAGUGUUGCAAAUUCAGUUUUCAACAUUUAGCAGGAAAUAAAAAGCGAUCACCGACAACCACCAUGCCCAAUAAUAAUAUAAACAAACAAAAAUUGACAAAAAGAAGUCAUAGAAAUUCAAAUUUAUUUGGCAAAAGAUAUUUUAAUGAUGGGCUUGAGCGUAUUGUGUUCUUCACCGCUCAUAGAACACUCAGCCCUGAAAUUGCAUGUUUCGAGCGAAUUUUAUUGGCGGAUUCACGUGAGUGA